CGGCGAUAUGUGAGGUGGGAAGGUGGGGAGGGCCCUCGGGGUGAGCACACCCCUACUUGCCUGUGUCAGAGUAUUUCAGAACAGAGGCCAGUAUUUAGAGACUCUUCAUGAAAGCUGUACAUAUGACUUUUUGCUGAAGUUCCACUUUAACUUUUGGGGCUGUUGGAGGACUUUUUCCACCCUGUUUCCCACGGAUCCGCAGAGCAAGAUUAUAAGCGACUUUUUCGUCUUCUAGAAACUGUGCGCCGUGACCACAGGAUACUUUGACGCACAGUUGCUACACCCUCAAAGAAGGACAAUGCCUCGAUCUUUCUUGGUCAAGAAAUACUUUGCUAAGCAAAAGCCAAACUACAGUGAACUGGAAUGCCAGAACGACACUUAUUUGGAGAAUUAUACUCUUGCUGAUCUCUCAUCAGUCAACACCACUGCCACCUGCUUCACCACAGGUUUGGUGUGGGAUCUGAGUGUUCUCCCCACCCUUUACCUACCAGCCUCCCAAACAGAGCCCUCUGCCAACACAGGGCCCCUGGACCUCAGCUCCCCAUCCAGCCUCAGCAGCAAUGCCAGCAGCAGUGGAGAGGAAGAUGAGGGGCGCACCUCGGACCCCCCUAGUCCUGAACCCGUGCACACGUAUGGCCCUCGCCAGCGGAUGAAAUGCACAGGAGUCAUGGCUCAUAUCAGUCCCCCAGAGGAGGAAGAAGAGAGAGAGACCCCUGCCACAGCUGCCAGGCCAGCUUUCCUCUGCAAGCACUGCCCCAAAGAGUACACCAGCUUGGGGGCUCUAAAGAUGCAUAUCCGCUCACACACUUUGCCCUGCGUUUGCACCACCUGCGGGAAGGCUUUCUCCAGGCCGUGGCUGCUGCGCGGUCACAUCCGCACACAUACAGGUGAGCGCCCGUUUUCCUGCCCCCACUGCAACCGGGCCUUCGCCGACCGCUCCAAUCUACGGGCUCAUCUGCAAACCCACGCCGAGGUGAAGAAGUACCAGUGUAGCGUGUGCUCUCGCACCUUCAGCCGCAUGUCACUGCUGCAGAAACACAGCUCCUCGGGGUGCUGCUCCACUUCGGUGUGAGACGGCCUGAAGGGAGGCAGAGGGGACCCACUCAGAGCUCAGGAGGGCUUGCAGCCAUGGAGAAGAGGCUUUCACAAGCCCGGUUGCCCUGUUGAGGACCUAUAAGGCCACAAAGAGCAUGAAAUGGCCUGCUUUAUGAGACCUGGAUGGAAUUAAACCUCAUUAUGGAUCUGACUUUACAAGCCUCUUUUUCACCAUUAAAAAAAACAGCUGACAAGCUGAUUUUUUUUUCUUUUUAAAUAUAGUCCAAGGUCUUGAGGCUGGACCAAAUCUGAACUGCACUAUGCAGACACUCACUUGAUAUCAGCUCCUAUGUUGCUAUUGUGCCCAUUCCAAACACCAAAUAUGUAGUGAACUCAUUGGGUUAAGAGGUGUUCUUUCCCGUCUCUGUCCCGGUGCCGGUCAGCUCAGGAUCAUGGCCGAGACACAGCUGCUCAGAGGUAGGGGUGCGUGGGUGGAGUAAAUCUCUUAGCGUGUCUCAAAACACACACACACACAGACACACAAUUGAGUGCACACACAGCUGUCCUCGGUACUGUGGUGUAGAUAGACGAGGUGCUAACAGGUGCUACAGCCCUGACCUUCGCUGGUUGAUAGCAGGUGACUUCCACUGCCCUUGGUUUGCUUAAGAAAAAAAGAGGAAGCAUGUCAUCACAAAAGCAUGGCACCAGUUAGUGUUUUCUUCACCAGUUGGGGGAUCAUUAUAAGCCUCUAUUUUGGCUACAUCCAAACCUUCUCUUUAAUCUGAUGUGUUUAGGAGAUAGGAAAAGCCGUUUUCGUCUGUUAUUUUCCAAAGGAGUUUCACUGUGCAGCUCUGCCAUGCAUUCUAGGUUACCACAGUGUUAAUAAUGUCAGCCAAAGCCAUACAACUCAAAUAAGUACGUGCCUUGAAAUUAUAUUAUUUUUGAAACCAAAAUGUGCCUUGUGUGUUUACCUCAUUUAGUAGUCAUGGUUUUAAAAAAUGAUUGCAGUAUUAGUAGAAAUUAGUUCUAUAAAGUUUUGAAAUGCAAAAAGGCUGGGACCAAAGAAUUUUAUAGUUUACAGCACGGAGACGUGCUUGCCUAUGAUGUAAUGAGGACCCUGUAAAUGGACAAUGCAAAGAUGAAUUUUUUAAAAACUUUCCUGAACAUUUUAUGGCAGUGUUUAAUAGUGCAAUGUGCAAGUGAUGCGUUAUGUCAUAUUUUUGUGCUAUGCUUGUGUGUUCAAUUCCUAUUCCCUGUAUUUCGCAGCUGAUAUCCUUUCAUUCAAUAAAGUAAUUUAUGUUUAUUAAAA